CUCUGGGAUGCGGGAGGGAGCCAGGCAGAGGGCUGGACAGGUCACUGCCUCAGCAGGCUGAGGAGGCAGAGGCCAUGGGAAAGUGUUGUCAAGUGGGGGUCGGGCACCCAAGCCCCUUGCCCUGCCCCUUUCACUGAGGGGUGGGGCCCUUAUCAAGCAGAGGCGUCACCGUUUGGUAUCAAAUGCCAAAGUCUAAGGGGACCAUCUGCAGUGUCCCUGAUGACACCUGAUAUCAGAGGUUCACUGUUCCCAUUGCUUCCGGCCUGUACCCCAGCACCUCAGGUCCUGGGUCACCUCCCAGGCCUCCUUCCAGCCAGUACCAGCAAGGCAGCCAGGGAGCUGGGGCCUCGCGACUCUGCACCCUGACACUGGACUGGGCUUGUUGGACAGCUGCUGGAGGUCACUUUGGCCAUCCCUUAGUGGAUGGAGGAAGAGCUGGUCACCAAAGCCAACAGGAUCUGAGUUGGGGCCUGGGUCCAUUCCUGCCUGAAAUUGAUGCCGCACUCCUGCACCAGCAGUCAGCUCCCACACCCCCCCCUGGAUGAGAUGGGCCUGGGAAAUGCAGGAACCUCCAGUCCUGCUCCUAUCUUGGAAGAAGGGGACAAGGAUCCCUGGGCCCUCCCUCAGCUAAAGGACACUGGGCAGUCCUGGAAAGACCUCAGUGUGGCUGGCAGGGUACGCAAGAUGGUUGUGGGCUUCCUGAAGGCCAUAGGGCUCCUGGGAAACCUCUACCUCUUCAUCUGCUCCUUGGACAUCCUCAGCUCGGCCUUCCAGCUGCUGGGCAGCAAAGUGGCUGGGGACAUCUUCAAGGACAAUGUGGUGCUGUCCAACCCCGUAGCUGGACUGGUCAUUGGGGUGCUGGUCACCGUCCUGGUGCAGAGCUCCAGCACAUCUUCCUCUAUUGUGGUCAGCAUGGUGGCCUCUAAGUUGCUGACUGUCCGGGCAUCUGUGCCCAUCAUCAUGGGUGUCAAUGUGGGCACAUCCAUCACCAGCACCCUGGUCUCCAUGGCCCAGUCAGGGGACCGGGAUGAGUUUCGGAGAGCCUUCGGAGGUUCUGCUGUGCAUGGCAUCUUCAACUGGCUGACAGUGCUGAUCCUGCUGCCACUGGAAAGUGCAACAGCCGCACUGGAGAAGCUCAGCGACCUGAUAGUGGGUGCCACCAGCCUGGAGCCCGGCACCCAUACGCCAGACAUUCUCAAGGUGCUGACCCAGCCGCUCACGCACCUCAUUGUGCAGCUGGAUGCUGACGUGAUCGCAGACAGCGCCACAGGCAACCGCACCAACAGCAGCCUCAUCAAGCGCUGGUGCGGCACCAAAGAGGAGCCAACCACAGGGAACCUCAGCAACUGUGAAGGACUGUGCCCUGGGACGAAUAACUCAACCUCGAAUAACUCAACCUCGCAGCUGCUGCCCUGCCACCACCUGUUUGCUCACACCUCGCUCACUGACCUGGCCGUGGGCCUCAUCCUGCUAGCGGGCUCGCUGCUGGUGCUGUGCUCCUGUCUGGUCCUUAUUGUCAAGUUGCUGAAUUCAGUGCUGCGCGGCAGCGUGGCCCAGGCUGUGAGAACCAUCAUCAACGCAGACUUUCCCUUCCCCUUCGGCUGGCUCAGUGGCUACCUGGCCAUCCUGGUGGGCGCAGGCCUGACCUUCGUGCUCCAGAGUAGCAGUGUCUUCACAGCAGCUAUAGUGCCACUCAUGGGGGUUGGAGUGAUCAGCCUAGAACGGGCAUACCCCCUCUUCUUGGGAUCCAACAUUGGCACCACGACCACAGCCGUGCUGGCUGCCCUGGCCAGCCCCUCAGGCAUGCUACUCAGUGCUGUCCAGGUUGCUCUCAUCCACUUCUUCUUCAACCUGGCGGGUAUCCUGCUAUGGUAUGUGGUGCCUGUGCUGCGGCUGCCCAUCCCUCUGGCCAAGAGCUUUGGGAACCUGACAGCCCGCUACCGGUGGGUAGCCAUCGCCUACCUACUGCUCACCUUCCUGCUGCUGCCCUUGGCUGCCUUUGGACUCUCACUGGCAGGAAGUAUGGUACUAGCUGCAGUGGGGGGGCCCCUGCUGGGGCUGCUGCUCCUUAUUAUCAUCGUGAAUGUCCUGCAGCGGCGCCGACCCACCUGGCUGCCCCGAUGCCUGCGCUCCUGGGACUGGCUGCCCUACUGGCUUCACUCCCUGGAGCCCUGGGACCGCCUGGUGACCCGCUGCUGCCCCUGCAAGGCCUGCAGCUCCCCUAAAGCUCCUAUCAAGAAGGCCCAUUGCUAUGAGAAUCCUGAGGUCCUGGCCUCCCAGUGGUUUUAAGACUAGGCACCAGUCUCCUGACCUCGGGCACGCUGGGGGACUUGGUGACAGCAGACUUCUGAGUCAUCUGUCUCCUGUUCUUUGCAAAAUAAAUAAGGUUAUGACCCA